CAGCGGCCCCGCGCGCCGCGACCGGACAGUGCACGAGCGGCGGCCGACGGCGCGCCAUGCGGUAGACGGAGACGUGCGCAUCGGCCCCCCGCCGCCGCAGCCAGCGCAGAUCGCAGGAUGAGCUCGGACUUUGAGCGCGUUCGGCGGGCCUGCCUGCGCCUGGGAGAGCUAUGGCAGGACCCCGACUUCCCGGCCGUCCAGGCCUCGGUCUUCUACCACCAGACUCCACCCUUCCAGUUCGUGUGGAAACGACCUGCGGAGCUGACUCCAGAGCCGCUGUUCAUUCGAGACUCAGUGCUGGAUUUCGACGCCCUUCCUGGAAAGCUGGGGGAUCGCUGGUUCAUAUCGUGCAUAGGGUGUCUGCAGAUGACGCGAGGCCUCUUCUACCGUGUGGUGCCGGCAGACCAGGCUUUCGGAGGCGACGUCUAUGCUGGCAUCUUUAGGUUCCGCAUAUUUUGGAACGGCGAAUGGGUAGAGGUGCUGGUCGACGACCGGCUGCCCACGGUCAACGGCAAGCUGGCGUUCACCUCGUCCCAGAGCCAGCAAGUGUUCUGGAUGUCCCUGCUGGAGAAGGCUUGCGCCAAGCUGCAUGGGUCGUACGAGGCGCUCAAGUACGGCAGCACGCUGGACGGCCUGGCGGACAUGACUGGUGGCAUCACCGAGACGCUGAGCAUCCGAGAGGACGCCACGGGUGCGGCGCACACCAUCGGCCGCCUGCUGCAGCAAACCUCCAUCAUCACGGCCACCGUACAGACCGGCUCUCAGACGCCGAAGAAUGGUAGUCCAGAAAAGCUCGCUAACGGCAUAUUGCUGGGCACCAAUUACCGGGUGCUGGACAUAGAACGGGUGACCCAGUUCAGCGGCGAGCCGACCCAGCUGGUGCGCCUGCGCUCGUCGCUGGGCCACAACGGCGAGUACGUGGGCCGCUGGGCCCGCGGCUCGCUCGAGUGGGACGAGGUCAGCGCGCUGGAGCGGGAGCGACUCGGGCCGCAUACGCUCUCCGACGGCGAGUUCUGGAUGCCGUACUCGGACUUCGUGAAGACGCUGACGCACCUGGAGGUGGUGCACCUGGACCAGGACACCGCCAGGGACGAGCCGACGCUGCGCGCCCGCGUGCCCUGGCAGGUCAAGGUGUACCAGGGCUCCUGGAGACGCGGCGUCACCGCCGGCGGCUGCAGGAACAACGCAGACACGUUCCACAUCAACCCACGGCUGCACCUGGUGCUGACGGAGCCGGAGGAGGUGGUGGUGUCGCUGACCCAGCACACUGUGACCGAGCCUCGCGUCGUCGGCUUCACCGUCUACCCCAUCGCCAACGGCAGCGUCGACGCCAUCGACAACUCCUUCUUCAAGAAGAACAAAAGCCUGGUCAACUCGCAGUACACCAACGGACGACAGGUGUCGCACCGGUGUCCGCUGGAGCCGGGCGGCUUCAUCAUCGUGCCGACGACGUUCGAGCCGUGCCAGGAGGCACAGUUCACGCUGCGCGUCUUCUCGCUGAACGCGGUGAAGCUGCGCUACAUCGACACCACACCAGCCGUGCUGCGCAACCCCAUCCUCAAGGCCCCUUCGAGUGUCGAUGGCAAGGGCUUCAACCAGUAUGAGGCCGUCUUCCUACAGCUAGCCGACGAGCACAAGACUGUCAACGCCUUUGAGCUGCAGGAGCUGCUCGAGGCUUGUCUACCGAAUGACUACAUCAAGAGCUGCGCCACGAUCGGCGUUUGUCGCCAGAUCAUCUUCGCCAUGGACGUCACCAUGUUCGGCCGACUCAGCUUCAACGACUUCAAGGAUCUCAUGUGCAGUCUGAAGCUCUGGCAGGGCGUGUUCAAGAACCACACGAAGGAGAAGACGGGCGUGCUCAAGGCUGAGCGGUUCCGGGACGCGCUGGCCGAAGUCGGCUUCCAGCUGAGCACGGACGUGAUGACGGUGCUGACGCAGCGGUACCGGCGCAAGGACGGCACCCUGCGCUUCGGCGACUUCGUGGGCGCCGUCCUCCAGCUGUGCGUGGCGUUCGAGGUGUUCGACAAGAAGGACCCGCAGCAGAGCGGCAUCGUCAAGCUGAACAUCUCCGAGUGGUUGAAAGGUGCUCUUUCCUGCUGAACGUGCCGGCGGUUCCCGAAGGAAACGCGACCUGCUGAAGCCGUGUACAUAGUUCACCUGUGUAGGAUAGAACUGCGACAUCCCUGUACUGACAUUAUUUUAAUAAAAAGAGAGCAUGAAA